AUGCAGCUGCAAAUUUGCAUUUGCUUGGCAGUAAUAUGGUGCCUGUUGGAAGUGGUAUCCUCAAAUCCACAAACACUUCUGCUAAACCAGGGGUGCAGUCCGUUCAAUGUGACCAGUUUUUCAGAUUUCAGCAGAAAUGUAAAUGCAACGUUGACAGAACUUCGGGGGCAGUUAGAGAACAACAUUUACUUUGCAGUGGCUCAAGAAGCAACCGGUUCGGACCCUGUCUAUGCCAUGGUGCAGUGUCGGAAUUACAUGUCUAAACAAGACUGCAUCUCCUGCUUCACCACUGCUUCAUCACAAAUCCGGAACUGCUCUGCUGCCAAUGGUGCUCGUGUCAUCUAUGAUGGCUGUUUUCUCAGGUACGAGAGCAACGUAUUUUACCAACAAAACACACAAAUAGGACACCAGGGGGUUUGUGGGAAUCGAACAGCAACACAACAAAGUGUUUUUGAAACGACAGUUGGAGGGCUAUUGGGGGAUCUGAUAGUGGCGACGCCUAGGAUCAAGUCAUUUUUUGCAGCAAGCAGCAGGCAAGUGGUUGGUGUAAAUGGCAACGUAACAGUUUAUGGAGUGGCACAAUGUGUGGAAACCAUCGACGAGAGAGGAUGCAAAGCAUGUUUGGAUGUGGCCUAUGCCAAUAUUCAAAGAUGUCCCCCUAAAUCAGAUGGUAGGGCAGUAGACACUGGAUGUUUCCUCAGGUACUCAGACUUGCCCUUUUUUGGGGCUAACCACACCAUUGAUAUUAGGCCCUUCCUGAAAAGUGGAAAUACAAGCAAAAGGAAUGCUCUUAUUGGAGGGCUGGUUGGAGGGGGAGUCCUCUUGGUGCUUCUAAUUUUAUUGCUCCUUUGGGUCAAAACAUCAAGAAACAAAAAGGCUGUUCCUCAAGGUGAUGCAGAGGGGGCACCUGAAUUGCAAGGUCCAUUGAGUUACACUUAUAAAGAGUUGAGUUUUGCGACUUCCAACUUUAGUGAACAAAAUAAAUUAGGUGAAGGAGGUUUUGGGGAAGUAUACAAGGGUAUAUUGAAGAAUGGAAGGGUGGUAGCAGUAAAGAAACUAGCGAUAAGCAAAUCAGAAAGGGUAAAAGCAGAAUUCGAUAGAGAAGUGAGGCUUAUAAGUAAUGUUCAUCAUCGCAACCUGGUUCGCCUUGUUGGAUGCUGUAGUAAAGGCCCCGAGCUGCUCCUUGUCUACGAAUUCAUGGCUAAUGGCAGCCUUGAUAAGCACUUAUUUGGUGAAGGACAAGGUUGUUUGAAUUGGAAACAGAGAUUUGAUAUAAUACUAGGCACAGCAAAGGGACUUGCUUAUUUACACGAGGAGUUUCAUGCAUGCAUCAUUCAUCGGGACAUCAAACCUGGAAAUAUACUUUUGGACAGAGAUUUUCAGCCUAAAAUAGCAGAUUUUGGAUUGGUCAGGCUUUUACCUGCGGAUCAAACUCAUCUUAGCACCAAAUUUGCUGGAACUUUUGGAUAUACAGCACCAGAAUAUGCAAUCCAUGGGCAAUUAUCAGUAAAGGUUGAUACCUAUAGUUUUGGUGUGGUUGUCCUUGAGAUCAUCAGCGGCCAAAAGAACACUGAAACCUCUCUCGAUCCUACUGCUGAGUACCUUCUCAAAAGGGCAUGGCGACUAUACGAAGAUAACAUGGCAAUGGAGAUAGUAGACAGAAGGUUAGACCCAGACGAAUAUAAUGUAGAAGACAUGAAAAGAAUCAUAGAAAUUGGUUUCCUAUGCACGCAAUCAUCGGCUGCUUUGAGGCCUACAAUGUCAGAAGUGGUUGCUUUGCUUAGAACAGUGAGCUCCUUAGAGCCUACAAGACAGCCCACUAGACCUGCCUUCAUUGAUUCUGAGACAAGGAUUGGUCCUCAUGAACAAGAUACUUCUACUUCUACUGCCUCUUCUAAUGCAACGAAUUCUAUCUCUGAGCUUUCCGCUCGUUGA